AUGGACAGCCAAGGCAGAAAAGUUAUUGUCUGUGAUAACGGUACAGGUUUUGUCAAAUGCGGAUAUGCCGGCAGUAAUUUUCCUGCUCACAUAUUCCCUUCGAUGGUCGGAAGACCAAUUAUUAGAGCUGUGAACAAGAUAGGAGAUAUAGAGGUUAAGGAUUUGAUGGUUGGAGAUGAAGCUUCUGCUUUGAGAUCCCUUCUGGAAGUCAAUUAUCCCAUGGAGAAUGGAGUGGUUCGAAAUUGGGAAGACAUGUGCCAUGUGUGGGACUAUACUUUCGGUCCUCAAAAAAUGGAUUUGAAUCCCAGUGAAACCAAAAUAUUAUUGACUGAACCACCUAUGAAUCCAACGAAAAAUCGGGAGAAGAUGAUCGAAGUUAUGUUCGAGAAGUAUGGAUUCGCAGGUGCUUAUGUUGCUAUUCAGGCUGUGCUGACACUUUAUGCUCAGGGUCUCUUGUCUGGUGUCGUAGUGGAUUCGGGAGACGGAGUGACCCACAUCUGUCCAGUCUACGAGGAAUACGCUCUACCUCAUCUCACCAGGCGGUUGGAUAUCGCCGGCAGAGACAUCACCCGGUACCUCAUCAAAUUACUCUUGCUCAGAGGGUACGCUUUCAACCAUUCCGCUGAUUUUGAGACUGUGCGAAUGAUGAAAGAGAAACUCUGCUACAUCGGCUACGACGUCGAGACCGAGCAGCGGUUGGCUCUGGAGACGACCAUCUUGGUGGAGCCGUACACGCUGCCCGACGGGCGCGUCAUCAAAGUGGGCGGGGAAAGGUUCGAGGCGCCCGAGGCGCUCUUCCAGCCGCAUCUGAUCAACGUCGAAGGCCAGGGUAUCGCCGAAUUGGUAUUCAAUACGAUACAGGCCGCCGACAUCGAUAUGCGCUCGGAGCUGUACAAGCACAUCGUCCUGUCGGGAGGCUCCACGAUGUAUCCGGGCCUGCCUUCGAGGCUCGAGCGGGAGAUAAAGCAGCUCUAUCUGGAGCGAGUGCUGAAGAACGACAUCGAGAAGCUGAGCAAGUUCAAGAUCAGGAUCGAGGACCCGCCGAGGCGCAAAGACAUGGUGUUCAUAGGGGGCGCGGUAUUGGCGGAGGUGAUGAAGGAUAGGGACGCAUUUUGGCUGUCGAAGCAGGAGUACGAGGAACAGGGGCUGAAGGUGCUGAAAAAGUUGGGCGCCAGGGUCGUGUGA